UAACCAAUGGACUGCCAGGAAAGUUCCCCUCAGUUUGCUGAACCAAGCACCGUUAGAGGGAAAUAGGAGGUUGAUGCAUAGUAAUAUGUCACACUGUGGAAAGGCAGGCUGUGAUGGUGAGAGUAUUGGAAAUUGCCCAUUUUCUCAGCGUCUCUUUAUGAUUCUCUGGCUAAAGGGCGUUAUAUUUAAUGUGACAACAGUGGACUUGAAAAGGAAACCCGUGGACCUGCAGAACUUGGCUCCCGGCACCAACCCACCUUUCAUGACUUUUGAUGGUGAAGUCAAGACAGACGUGAAUAAGAUCGAGGAGUUCUUAGAGGAGAAACUGGCUCCCCCAAGGUACCCUAAGCUGGGAACCCAACACCCUGAAUCUAACUCUGCCGGAAAUGAUGUGUUUGCCAAGUUCUCAGCAUUUAUAAAAAACACCAAGAAGGAUGCAAAUGAGAUUUAUGAAAGGAACCUGUUAAAGGCCCUGAAGAAGCUGGAUAGUUAUCUGAACAGCCCCCUGCCUGAUGAGAUAGAUGCCUACAGCCCCGAGGAAGCUGCUAUUUCUGGAAGGAAGUUCCUGGAUGGCAAUGAGCUCACGCUGGCUGACUGCAACCUCUUACCCAAGCUCCACAUUAUUAAGAUCGUGGCCAAGAGAUACAGAGAUUUUGAAUUUCCUUCUGAAAUGACUGGCAUCUGGAGGUACUUGAACAAUGCGUAUGCUCGGGAUGAAUUCACAAACACAUGUCCUGCCGACCAGGAGAUUGAACACGCAUAUUCAGAUGUUGCCAAAAGAAUGAAGUGAAGCUGGGCUGUUUUCUGUCUCAUUUCUCAGCUGUGUGAGCUAGACCAUGAAAAGAAUGUCUCCUUUGUGUUUGCCUCCCAGUAACCAUUCUUUGCAAAAUAAUGCCCAUACUUUAGCAAUGUGGGUACCAUAGCAUGAUCCACUCAACAGGAAAUGAUUCCUAGCCUUGAAAUUUGUCAGCUCACUUGUGUAUCUGAAUAAUACCAGUAUCUGUUGUUAUAUACUCCAA